AUGGCGAAAACGAAGCCCCAGGACCGCGCGCGAAAAUCGAAGAAGAACGCAAAGAACGGCGCAUCGAAUGGCACAUCCAAAAAGCCGAAGGCUUCGCCGGAAACCCUUCUCAUACAAGCCGCCACGCUCUUACAGACGUCACAGCCCGACGAAGCUCUUCUCGCCGCGAAACGAGCAUUGAGUCUACUUCAGCCGACCUCCGAGCCAACAUUGGCCGCUCUACCUGCACUCAACCUUCUGGGCGAAAUAAACGUGGAACUGGGAGACGCGGACGCUGCGAGAGAAGCUUUCCAAGCGGCUGUGGCUUUGGACGAAGAUGGAGAAGAGGAUGGAGCCGAGAAGUUUCUCUGGAUGGCUCAGCUUAACGAAGAGGGCGGCGCCGAAAGCGUGCGGUGGUUCGAGAAAGGCGUGGAGGUGCUGAAGAGAGAAAUUGGCGAGCUGGAAGGAAAACUCGUGAAGAAAGUGGACACCACGGAUGCGCUGGAUGAAAAGAGGCAGAAGAUUGCGAACGCACUAUGUGGGAUCGCUGAGGUCUACAUGACGGAUCUGUCCUUGGAAGAGGACGCCGAAGCUCGAUGCGAAGCCGCUGUCACCGAAGCGCUGCUCGUUGCACCAGAAAGCCCAGAACCACUCCAGACGCUCGCCUCGAUACGAAUCUCACAAGUGCGGAUUGCCGACGCAAAAGCAGCGCUGACACGGAGUAUGAGCCUGUGGAAAGAGCUGGACCCAGACGAUCCCAAGGUUCCAGAUUACUCAACAAGAAUAAGCUUAUCUCGCUUGCUGAUGGAGGCUGAGAUGGAAGACGAGGCUAUCGGGGUCUUGGAGAGGCUCGUCGGCGAGAAUGAUGGUAGUGUGGAGGCUUGGUAUCUAGGCGGUUGGUGUCUACAUCUGCUCGCCGAGAAGCAAAAAGCAAAGGGGACGGAGGUUGCCACUUCGCUGCUGAAAGCCAGCCGUGACUGGCUGGAGAACUGCCUCAAAUUAUACGCAAUGCUUGAGUACGAGGAUGAACGGUUGAAGGAGCAUGCCGAAGAGAUUCUAAAGGCGCUGAACGACACGUUAGGGCCUUCAACUGGAGAAGAAGAAGAGGAAGAAUGGGAAGACGCAGAUGACGAGGAGGACGAAGAGAUGGAAGGGACAUGA